AUGUCAAUCCCCUACUCCAGCCUUCAAAAGGUUCCCCUCUCAUACGCUUCCUGCUCAAUCGGCUGCUGUCCAACCGACACACUCCCGCUCCGACUCCAAGCAAUCAGCGAAGCGGGCUUCAGCGCAAUUGAGCUCUCCUUUCCAGAUAUCCUAGACUAUGGCGCGCAGAUCACCGGUAGCGCAAUCGCGCCGGACAACUAUACCGCAAUCAUGCCCGUGGCCGUGGAGAUCCGCAAACUAUGCGAAGAACACAACUUGAAAAUCAUGAUGUUACAGCCAUUCGCGAACUUCGAAGGCUGGGUCAAGGGCUCCGUGGAUCGCGAGGAGGCAUUUGCUAGAGCGACAGGCUGGAUGGAGAUUAUGAAUGUCGUGGGUACGAAUUUGUUGCAGGUCGGAGCAACGGACACGCCGGAACACAUAAUCAACAAGGAACGCGAGGCCAUCAUCGCCGACUUGCGCCUUUUAUCCGACCUCCUCGCAAAACGCAACUAUCGCCUCGCCUACGAGAACUGGUGUUGGUCAACCCAUGCGCCUGGGUGGAAGGAAGUCUGGGAUAUAGUGAAAGCUGUGGAUCGUCCGAAUUGCGGGUUGUGUUUGGAUACAUUCCAGACUGCGGGUAGUGAAUGGGGUGACCCGACUACGGAGUCAGGUCUAAUUGAGUCGGUCUCGCAGUCUGAGCUUCGGAAGCGGUUUGAGGCGAGUAUGGAUGAGCUUGCGAAAUCUGUGCCCGGUGAUAAGAUCUAUCUGCUUCAGAUCUCGGAUGCGUAUAAGGUGUCACCGCCGUUGGAGGAUAAGACUAUUAGUGGGCUGAGGGCUAGGGGUCGAUGGAGUCAUGAUUAUAGGCCUAUGCCGUAUGAUGGCGGGUAUUUGCCUAUUGAGGACGUUGCGAGGGCGGUGCUCAAAACGGGGUUCCGGGGUUGGUUCUCGAUGGAGAUCUUUGAUAGUGGACCACAGGGGACUGGGAAGAAGUAUGAGAUGGGGCCUUUUGCAGCGAAGGCUAUGGAUAGUAUGCAGAAGUUUUUGAAGAAUUGUGCGACGGAUUGA